UCGCGCUAUGGGUCGAGGCAAGGAUGCUCGCCAAGACAACGACAACCCUGGCGUUGUAGCAGGAAACUCAACAAUGAAAAAUUGCGAAUAUCAACAAAUAGAUCCUCAGGCACUACCGACACCUACGCCAACUCCCCCCUCGCAACCCUGCCCCGAGAAGACCAGGAGGCAACAGCGAAAAUGGGAGGUAUUUCCUGGAAAGAAUCGCUUUUACUGUGACGGAAGGAUCAUCGUCGCUCGCCAGAGUGGUGUUCUCCCUUUGACGCUCGGCCUCAUCCUGGUGACCAGUGGAUUAUUCUUCAUAUUUGACUGCCCGUUCUUGGUGAAGCACCUGACGUGUGGCAUCCCGGUGAUCGGAGGAGUGCUGUUUGUGUUCGUGGUGAUCUCGCUGCUGCAGACCAGCUUCACGGACCCAGGCAUCCUGCCCAGGGCCACGGCGGAGGAGGCCGCAGACAUCGAGAAGCAGAUCGACAACACCGGCUCGACGUCCUCCUCCUCCUACCGGCCUCCUCCGCGCACCAAGGAGAUCCUCAUCAAUCAGCAGGUGGUCAAGCUCAAGUACUGCUUCACCUGCAAGAUCUUCCGCCCGCCGCGCACCUCACACUGCUCCCUCUGCGACAACUGUGUGGAGCGGUUUGACCACCACUGUCCAUGGGUGGGGAACUGCGUUGGCAAGCGCAACUAUCGCUUCUUCUACUGCUUCAUCGUCUCCCUCUCCUUCCUCACCGCCUUCAUCUUCGGAUGCGUCACCACACACCUGGCCUUGCGCUCCCAGGAUGGUAAUGGACUGGUGUAUGCCCUCCAGGAAAGCCCAGCCAGUGCGCUGGAGCUUGUGGUUUGCUUUUUCUCGGUCUGGUCUAUUCUGGGCCUCUCGGGCUUCCAUACCUACCUGGUGGCAUCCAAUCUCACCACCAAUGAAGAUAUCAAAGGCUCCUGGUCAGGCAAGAGUGGCUCCGAGGACACGGGGAAUCCCUACAGCCACAACAGCAUGCUGGGGAACUGCUGCUCCGUGCUGUGUGGACCAAUGCCACCCAGCUUGAUUGACAGGCGAGGCUACGUGUCGGAGGAUGCCGUCCAGUGUGUUUCUGUGGAUAUCCAGCUGCCAGCCGCUGCCAAAACAGACCUCAAUGUGGCCAAUAAACUCCUACUCGAUCCACCGUCCUCCUCCACCUCUUUCACCUCCUCCCUCACCCCCUCCUCGCUCCCUAAGACCAAGCCUUCCAAGCCCAGCACCGCCACUGCAGGCACUGCGAAGUCCUCCAUCAAGGGCUCCAUGAAGACCAAGAGUCCCGUGAACGUGAAAUCCAAGAGCCCCCUCAAGCCCGCCGACAGCUUCGACAGCAGCGGCGGUGACGGUGACGGCGACUCCUCCUGCCCCCGGCCUCGCACCAGCUCCGCCCCGGCUCCCCUGGCCGCUCCGGAGGACAUCAGCGCCGCCAUGGGGCCUCUGAGUCCAGACUCGCCCCGGCCGCCAAUCAGGCCGCGGCAGGGCAGCACUGGUCCCACAGGGAGAGGCGGCAGUAACAACGCCAGUGGUCGUCGCUCUGGUGGUGGUACUACCAACACUGGUGGCAGCACCGGGUACGCUGGAGGUAGAACAGGCGGUAACCAUGGUGGAAGCGGCCGUCACCAGGGUGGUAGUAGUAGCAGCAAACAAAUGUCCAGCCCUUCCAAACCUUGCAGCCCGGCUGCAAAGCGACAGACCAGUACUGGUGCUGUAGGAAGAGGUGGAGGUCCAGGUGGUGGUAGUGGUAGUAGUGGUAGUAAUGGUGGUAGUCCCAAUGAGGAGGGCGGUAACAACAAUGGUGGGAAUGGCAACAUCUCAAGCCCAGCCAACAAACACAGAGUGGCCAGUAGCGGUGGCAGCGGCAGUGGUGGUGGUGGUGGUGGUGGCGGCGGCGUCACCAAUAGCAGCAGCAACAACAGUGGCAUCGCCAACACCUCCAGCCCCGCCGACAAACGCAGAGUGUCCAGAGUGUCCAGUAACAGUGGCGGCGGCGCCGUCACCAAUAGCAGCAGCAACAACAGUGGCAUCGCCAACACCUCCAGCCCCGCCGACAAACGCCGCCACCAUCACCACCGCAGUGCCAAGCGGACCAACUCUGCCCACAGCUCCCACGCACACUCCUCCCAAACACACAGCCACCACUCCCACACGCACACGCACAACCACACACACAACCAUGGGAACGGCCACGCUCACAAGCCUUCCAACGGAGCCCCCGCCCUGCCUGCCGCUGCUGGGCCUCAGCAGGCAACGCUGGCCCCUUCGCCCUCCCCCACCACCUCAACUCCUACUGAGGGGCGCAAGCGCAGCAGCAGCGGCAGCGGCCAUCGCAGCCGAGAGAACAGAGAGGGCAAACUCAUCUCGCAGCACUGACAGUGAGCGUGUGUUUUUGUUUGUGUUCGUUUGUGUGUGUAUGCGAGUAUGUGUGCCACCGUAUGCUGGUGUGUUUGUGUGUGUGUUCAGUGUUGUGGCGGGCAGAUUUGGCACAGUACGUGGCACAGAAGAGGAUACAAGCACCACCUGGGCAACCCUCUGUGUCGCUGUCGAGCACUUGCGUAUGUAUUCCUCAAGGAGGCACUCUUCUUGGAACGAUCUCUGUUGAACAGUGGACAAGUUGUUCUCAAAUGGAUAUUUCAGUAGUUUAAAUCAGUAUGAUAGACUUAAGUGGUGACAGUUACACUUGUUGUGACUGGCUGCUCAGAUGUAAUCUUGCACUUGUCCUGAAAAGCAC